UGGAGACUCCUGCGGCUCCUGAACCAGUGCACAUGGUUUUUAGUGUUUCGCUAUACCGCUCAGUUAUCACAGCAUUAAAGAGGAAUUUCGAGAAAAUCGUUCUGCAAGAACUUUUUCGUGAAACCCCCAUAAAAUGCACACGCUUUCGUAGAAAAACCAACUGGAUUUUGAAAUCGUUCAAUUUUUGCGAAAUCUUAAAAAUUUGGUCGACAUAGUACAGAAACUACUGGCAGAUUCCUUGUUACGCGGUAACAUAGCGUGCGCGUGAGCGGGAGUUCUUUGUUUCCUUCCUACAAUUCCGUGUUUUCCGUUGCUUUUCUUUCGCCAUGAAACCCGUUACGUUUUCCAAUAUUAGUGACGUGUAUGACGCUGCCGAAGCGGUCUAUAUCGUUCUUGAUGAACUCGGCCGUGCUUACGGCGAAGAAGCCAUCGUGGACUUUGUACCUGCCAUCGCCGAAGUCUUCACGGAGCUAGAACACGCUCUGGUGAAGCACGCCAGCGUAGAUGUGGCCAAUCUGAGGGCGGAGAUCUCUCAUGUGGAAGGGCAAAUUGAGCAUCUACGCGAACGACGCGUGCAACUGAUCGAUCAUUUUAAUUCGGAUUUCGACAAGGUCAUUGAAACGUGGAAAACCGAGACGGCCGAUAUGCAUCACUCUGCUGAACUGCUGCGCAGUGAAAUCGAGUUCCUGCAGAUUAAGAUCGGCAAUCGGAGAACGGACGCCGAGUGGCUGCAGAAAUCCCACCGCGAUCCCAAUGCGGAGGCCAUGCGCUACUUCAGUGAGGUCAAUGCCUUGAUACGGGAUAUGCAGAAUUAUAUCGCUGAUAAGGAGAAAGAGCUGUUUGAAGUUCAUCAGGAACUCAAUAAGAGCCUGGCAGAAUUAUCGGUUGUUGCUAAACUAAUGGAACAGCCCACUGAUAGUCGUGAAGCUGCAUUAAUCAGGGCCCCCUUGACAGCGUGACGUGCUGCGUCUUUUCUGCUGAUACUAGUGUACGUUGCGUUACAAUCAAGGGCACAGUUGACGUUCUGCAUCGUUUUGAAGGCUGUUGUGUUGUUGUCACCGGUGAGAUAUACGGCGACGAAUUGUUUCGUGAUCUUAAGCCAGCCAUAAGGCAUCAAACAUUCUGCCGUCAUUCCACAAUUCAAUACUUCGAAAGCGCAAAGUACUGCCGAAGCGUUACCGGCAGCUAGUGCAAUAAA